GCUCAAGUUUGUCGCAUCUUACGCACUCACUUCUGCCGGCCACCUUAAGUCAACUCUCUCUGGCCUCUCGCCGUCUGCCUUCCUGUGUCUCACACAACGGUACUGCUGUCUUCAGUUAACGCUGACGCUCUCUUCGCACUCUUCCUCUCACUCAAUGACGUGUGCGUCUCCGUGAUAUCUGUCUCUCUCGCUCGUUCCAUCUGCCAACACUCAUCCUGCUCGAGGAAGAAACAAAGACGCCGUCGCAGGCGCAGCAUCGACACCGCUGCAGGUUGAAUUCAGUUGAUCCUCCUCUUUUGCUCCUCCAUUCCAGCACAGACUUCGAUUUCAAGAAGGACGGACCUUGUUUUGUGCAACACAUACAUCACGAACAACUACCAUGGGACAUGAAUCCCGAAAGCUCUUGGAUGAAUAUGAGGUGUCAGAGAUUCUAGGAAGAGGUGGAUUCUCUGUUGUUAGGAAAGGCAUAAAAAAAUCAAGCAGUGAUGAGAAAACUCAUGUUGCCAUAAAGACACUAAGAAGAGUAAGUGCCUCUACUACGACCCCUGGUUGUUUACCAAGAGAAAGGAGCAACAUGGGGUUUCCCACAUGGAGACAGGUUUCAGUAUCAGAUGCUCUUCUCACCAAUGAGAUCCUUGUGAUGAGGAAGAUAGUCGAAAAUGUGUCGCCACAUCCGAAUGUGGUUGACCUCUAUGAUGUUUAUGAGGACUCGAAUGGUGUUCAUCUUGUUUUGGAGCUGUGUUCUGGCGGUGAGCUGUUUGAUCGCAUUGUGGCACAGGAUAGGUACUCAGAGACUGAGGCUGCGACAGUUAUUCGCCAGAUUGCGGCGGGCUUAGAGGCUAUUCAUAAAGCAAACAUUGUCCAUAGAGACUUGAAGCCUGAGAAUUGCUUGUUCUUGGACAAGAGGAAGGAUUCUCCUCUAAAGAUCAUGGAUUUCGGUUUGAGCUCUGUUGAAGAGUUUACUGAUCCAGUUGUUGGUUUGUUUGGUUCCAUUGAUUAUGUUUCACCGGAGGCACUUUCUCAAGGAAAGAUAACAGCUAAGAGUGACAUGUGGUCUCUAGGGGUAAUUUUGUACAUCUUAUUAUCUGGAUAUCCGCCUUUCAUUGCUCAGUCUAAUCGCCAAAAACAACAAAUGAUAAUGAAUGGGAACUUUAGCUUCUAUGAGAAGACAUGGAAGGGCAUUUCUCAAUCAGCAAAGCAAUUGAUUUCGAGUCUUCUGACAGUUGAUCCUAGCAGGAGACCUAGUGCGCAGGAGCUCCUGAGUCAUCCAUGGGUCAUAGGUGAUGUAGCGAAAGAUGAUCAGAUGGACCCUGAGAUUGUCUCAAGGUUGCAAAGCUUCAAUGCUCGUCGCAAGCUCCGGGCAGCUGCAAUUGCAAGCGUAUGGAGUACCACAGUGUUCUUGAGAACCAAGAAACUGAAAUCCUUGAUAGGAUCCUAUGAUCUUACAGAAGAGGAAAUUGAAAAUCUUAGGAUACACUUCAAGAAGAUAUGUGGAAAUGGGGACAAUGCCACGCUCUCUAAGUUUGAGGAGGUACUGAAAGCAAUAAAUAUGCCAUCACUAAUUCCUCUAGCACCACGCAUAUUUGACUUGUUCGACAACAACCGUGAUGGAACGGUCGACAUGCGAGAGAUUUUAUGUGGGCUUUCCAGCCUCAAGAAUUCCAAAGGAGAUGAUGCCCUCCGUUUGUGCUUCCAGAUGUAUGAUGCAGAUCGAUCCGGGUGUAUCACAAAGGAAGAAGUAGCAUCCAUGCUUAGAGCUUUGCCGGAUGACUGUCUUCCGGUUGAUAUCACGGAACCUGGCAAAUUGGACGAGAUUUUCGACAGAAUGGAUGCCAACAGUGAUGGAAAAGUCACCUUUGAGGAAUUCAAAGCUGCUAUGCAGAGGGAUAGCUCCCUCCAAGAUGUAGUCCUUUCUUCCCUUCGCCCACUAUAGUUUUUCCAUUUUCCAUCCAACCAAUCACAAUGUUUGGGGCUUUCCUUUUACUUAUGUUCAUACUGAUGGUCUCUUGAGUCCACUAUGUGUAGUUUUACUUGGUAAGAUUUACUCUCGCUUUUAUUCUCCAACCAAACAUAUCCUUGGAGAAAAGAGAGGGAAUGCAGUGUUGAAUUGUUUGAAAUGUCUAGAUUUUUCUAUGACAAUUAGGAACCUUUGCAUUCUCUAAUUAUGUUAUUGAGUACCAGAAAGGCAGAAAGCUAACAUGUUCAUCAUAAAUACUGUAAUUAAACUAGAAAAGCCAACACUUUUCAGUCAUUA